CAGCGCGCGAACAGUAUAGAACUAAGCCGAAUAAGAGGAACGACCUUUUUCGAGUGUUUAGAGUAAUUCUAUCACAUCACUUCUGAAAUAAGAAUAUCUAUUGCAGAGGAUGGAUUUCAAAGAGGUGGUGAAUGUAAUCUCUGAUGUGGUGGUGUUUAUGAUACUCUCGAUAAUUUACAUAAUCGAAGCAUUCCUGCGAACUCUGAUACCGCGCAAGUAUCAGAGGAAAAUUAUAAAAGGAGAAGUGGCUCUGGUGACUGGAGGAGCUGGCGGAAUAGGCAGACUUAUUUCCAUCAAACUGGCGCAACACGGUGCGCACGUUAUUAUAUGGGAUAUUAAUGAGCGAGGUAUCCAACAAGUGGUUGAGGAGAUCAGAGCAAUUGGUGGAAAAUGCACUGGAUAUACUUGUGACAUCACUGACAGAAAGCAAAUUUAUCGAGUUGCGAAAACCGUGAAAAUUGAAGUUGGAAACGUGACAAUUGUAGUCAAUAAUGCGGGUUACGUCUGUGGAAAAACUUUCAUGAACAUUCCCGAUGAUGAGAUAGAGAAGACUUUCAAAGUUAAUAUACUCGCACAUUACUGGAUAAACAAAGCUUUCUUGGAAGAAAUGAUGAAAGAGAAUCAGGGGCACAUUGUCACUAUUGCUAGUGUCGCUGGACUCAUGGGGACUUACAACUGCACAGAUUAUUCAGCGACGAAAUUUGCCGCCAUUGGUUACCAUGAGAGUUUGUUUACAGAACUCAAAAUGCAUGGAUACGACGGGAUCCGGACGACACUCGUAUGUCCUUACUUUAUCAACACAGGAAUGUUUCCUGGAGUUGAACCAAGAUUGAUGCCACAACUCGAGCCUGAGUAUGUUGCUGAAGAGGUCGUGCAGGGGAUAUUGACUGAUCAAAUAAACGUGACGUUGCCGGUCAGUGUCAGAUACUUUCUACCUCUCAAGAGUUGGCUUCCUGCUAAAGUUUCAUGGGCUCUGAUGUACAACCUUUUGAAAGGCCCCCAAACAAUGAUGAUGCUCAACAAACACGAAAAUAAUAAUAUAAAUGUUGUUAAAAAAUUAGAUUACGAGGAUACAAGGCAAAAUCCGUGUUAUGAACAAUUCACAGAAUUUGACCAUAUGUCAUCAGCACCUGCCAUGUAAAUGACUCUUUCUUUGUAAGACUAAUUGUAUAUUUCGUUUGAAUAUAUCAGUUUAUAAGAUUUAUGUU